UUUCCCAUUUCCUUAUGUAACUGUACAUAUUUCCUAUGUUUUAAAAUCCCCUUGUCUGAACUCUGAAAUCCUUACUCUGCUCAUCCUUUCAAGUGUCGAAAAAAAAAAAAAAGAGAGUGAAAUUGCAGAUUACAAAAGAGAUUAACUUGAAGUGAAACCUUAUGGGUUGUUAGUUGUAAUUGUAAUGUAACCGUUGAUCCUUUUAUGAGUAGACCAACCGUUGUUUUGCCUCAAAGGAACAUAGGGUCCUACUUAGGAAGAUUUUGCGUGAGAGAAUUAAUUAUGUAGUCUACUCCCGUCCUUUGCUGUUUAUUGGAAGAACCCUUCCAUUCUUCAAUGCCUAGUUGCAUACCUACAAAAGAAGGCCUCUGGGAACUGUAAAAAGUUCAAAAAAACAAAAAGCAUCCUUUUUUUGGGUUCUUGACUUGAUAAACUCUCUCUUCAGGGCAUGGACCAGCUUUAAUGCGGCUGCCACUGCUUUUGCUGAUUCAACUGUUCCAACCCAACUGUUUAUGUCACAAGCUCUUCACUGAAGCUUUACUUAUUUGCAAGAACACAGUCUGCACUCCUCAACAAACCAACAGUAGAUUUGGGAAGUUCCCCUGCUUGAGGCAAUGGGCAUAUGUCAAUUGUUAUCGACCAGAAGAUGCAGAUGUUGUUUCCUUGAUUCCUGGAAUCUCUCGGAUAUCUCUUCCAAGUAGAUUAACCCAAUUGUUGUCUUUUGCUCCGAAGUUCAUCCCCUCCUACUCUCAAGAGAAGCCCUUUAAAUCAAGACAUGGAAGGGUAGCGGCAGCUUCUGUUGAUGGGGAAAAUGGUGUUCCAACACUCACGCCUUUGCAAACAGCUGAUAAGAAACCGAGAAAACAGACAUUUGCUGCCAUAAUUGGCUGUAUUAGUGCGGCUCUUCUUGUCUCGAUCAUUUUGGUGCUUGUGUAUAUCUGCUUGAUGCGCGUUAAGAGAUUCAUGAGGAGAACAUCCCGGACUGAAACUUCCAUGCCAUCUACUGUUGAAUUGGAAAGAGCUAACACAUCCCAUUAUGCUGCUGGUGCACCGUCUCCUAUCUAUGUACAAAAUCUAAAGCAAAUAACAAUGUCAGAGCUGGAACAUGCUACACACAACUUCAGUCAAAGUAAUGUCAUUGGUGAGGGCCGAUUCGGUUUAGUCCAUAAAGGACUACUUCAAGAUGGAACUCUUGUGGCAAUCAAAAGAUACUUGAACACCCAGGUUCAUUUUUUCCUUCAUGAGAUAAAGCAAAUAGCUCAAGUUAGACACAGGAAUCUAGUCAAGCUUGUUGGUUACUGUGAAGAUAACCACCAGCAGUUUCUUGUAUAUGAUUAUAUACCUAAUGGAAAUGUUGGAAAUCACCUUUAUGAUUACGAAGGUUCACCGACUGGUAAACUAAACAUGCGGCAAAGGUUGUUGAUUGCACUAGGGGCAGCCAAAGGACUUGAACAUCUUCACAGCAUGGCUCCUCCUCUGCUGCACAUGCAUUUCAGAAGCAGCAAUGUUCUUCUCGAUGAAAACUUUACGGCCAAGGUUUCUGAUUAUGGAUUAUCCAAAUUGUUGUCUGAAGAUCAGUUUUACGCGUCAUCUUCAGCCAUUGAUUGUUUUCUUGACCCAGAAUUGUAUUCAUCGAAGAGAUUUUCAGUGCAAAGCGAUAUAUAUAGCUAUGGAGUCUUCCUCCUGGAGUUGAUUAGCGGACGUGAAGCAAUUUGUAGAGAUCCAUCAAACUUGGAAACAACAUUAAUAAUGCAGGCCAAGGAUUCGAAAGAUAUCAGCAGUUUUGUCGAUAAAACCUUGGGAGGUAAAUCAAUGCGUGGGGCAAAACAAGUAGUAGAUUUGGCAUUGCAGUGUGUGAACAUAAGACCAAGAAGACCAUUGAUGAGAAGCAUCGUUGAAGAGCUUGAACGAAUCCAAGAGACAGAGAUUGGUGGUUUGCCGUUUGAAGCAGGCGAGGAGAUUGGAGAUGUAACAUUGGGGAGCGAGCUCUUUAGGUGACCUCUGCUCGCCCGGGUAUAAUAAUCAUUCUUUUAUUAAAUUUAUUGACAGUAAUUACCAAUCUCAUUACAAGCAAAUUGAUUUUGUAAAAGAAUUGUUGGAAAGAAAUUAAGCAAAUCAAAUUGGUAUA